AUGCGCAAUUCAGUUUCACAAUUUUUCUUUCUACACCUCUUCCCGUUGAUUCUGAUGGCGUUGUUGUCCCACUGCACUCGCCGUUUCAUCUCAAACCCUUCCUUCAAAACAGCUCUUAGACCAAUCAAUCAUUCCCCUCUUCUCAACCCAACUGUGCCGCAGCGGGCAUCCCCACUGUUUAUCAGAACUUUUGUGUACCAACUAGGAGGCGUGCAGUCACUUUUGCCUCUACAUAGUGUAGUGGCCACUGCAAGAUUGGUGUCUAGUCUUAGUAUUAAUUCAAGGAGUUGUGAUGCUCUUUCACUGGCUACCCUCUGCUGCAACUACCCUGGACCCUAA